UUUAAAUCACCUCGUACUGGAGCUUCCACUUAAUAAAUCGAUCCAAUGCCUUAUCUGUGUGUCACCUUCUAUGUACUAGGUAGGUACUGAACUUAGAAUCAUGUAAUUCAAAACCUUAGAAGUGAAAUCUUAUACAUUACGUUUGUACAGAGCUUUGUCCAACUUUUUUUUUUUAAAAAAGCUGUGACAAAUAUUGCGCUUUUUUGACGCUAAAUCUUAUACCCUCAAUUGUUAAUUAUCAUUAAUUCCUGAUUCAAAGUCUAACAUCUAUCCUGUCUUUCAUUCUACCGCGACAACCGCAAAUCAAACUCGCAUAUCUGUUCAUCACCACUGGUUACGGCACUUAAAAUCAAAUGACACCAAAUUCAUAUUUGAAAGUCACUUGCCUAGGUACAGUGGCUGUCUCAGCCUGCUUUUUCCGUCUUGUAUGACUAUCAUCUCGACGUCUCUCAAAGCUAACUACUGCAACUCAUCUCAUCCCAUCAUAUGACCGGGAGAGCCGAUAGUCGAGAUGCAGCAACAAUUUGAUCCGUUAUCGCCUCCAAACAUCUCCCAUCCAGGAGUCGUGGCCACCGAUAUUACUAGAAAGUUUUCCUCUGCUGUCAAGACUUUGGCACCCGGUGAACUUGUUAAAGAUGAUCACUUCACGCUUUUCGAGUCCGUCGCGGCUCUCGAGGUCAUGGACCCAAAAAUGGAUAGUGGCGUCCUAGCAGAAGGAGAAUCAUUAGACCAGGAAUAUGACGUCUCUCGCGACCUGCUGCCAGAAGAAAUUCUUGGUAUCAUCGACCAAUUGCUUUGCCUAGAAAUGGCCUGGCAUCAGGGUUAUCCUCUUUCGCAAACUCUCUUCACGAGCGUCUAUAUAGAGUCCCUCAUGAAACCUCGCCCUACUAACAUAGACGAGGCUGACUUCGUUAGAGACAGCCAGGGUCAUGAGAAGCAGCCCAAAUUCCUUUUUGUCUUACGCGCAUAUUGUCUGGGGCUCCUCAAGGCGUGCUGCUUUGUGAAUGAGCUCGUCAAGGAAGAGCUUUACUACGAGGAGGAAGACUUCGUAACUAACACUUACGACCGCAACCUUCUUUUUGACAUACCACUAGCAUCCAUCAACAGUUUACUGCUGAAGGCUCGCAGUGACCUUCGGCUAGCAAGCAAUGAUGUUCCUAAGGAGAUAUCUACUGCCCUUGAACUCCGACUUGAACUACGCAUCGCUUUUCUAAGAGCUAUCGACCUUGCAAGCUUGCGAAGAAACAACCCGGAUUCGUUGAAGAUGCCUUGGACGCAGAUGAGCGGCCUAAUCGAGCACAUUAAAAAGCAGCACGAACUAGGGAAACCCGUCCCGGAGGCUUUUAGUACCAAGUUACAGCGGCGGCUAGCUAGUACCAUGCCUCCGCGUCCCAUGGUCCAACCUAGCUUCGAAGAAAGUUAUGGUCAAUUUAAGCGACUUUUUCAAGAUGGUGUUGAUAUCAUGGACGUCUUGAAAUACACCGAACCGCAAAGUCUUUUAAAUUUCGUUCUGCUAUUUCAAGCACGAAAACCUCAGCCGUUAGUAUAUAUAAGAACCCUACUUCAAAGUAUGAUCUGCAAAGAUAUGAUCGUAUUAGGCAGCUAUAGCAUCCGGCAAAUACUCGACCAUGACCUCUCCAUUGUUGUUCUUCCCUGCGCGCCGCAAAUAGAUCGAUCCUACGAUGCCAUUGAGGUACCAACCGAUCCCCGACAUCAGAUCUCAGCGCAGAUGGAAAUCUUCCGGCAACGUGUGGCUGAAUGCUACUUGGAAAUCUUCAGAAUAUUCUGCCAGAACAGGUGUAGAGUCCGACGAACCCUAUGCCAUAACAUCCAAGAAUGGGAGAUGCUGCAAGGUGACGUGGAAGAGAUCGAUCAGCUCCUCCAGAACGUCCUCGAUGAAAAACCUCUCGCGAUAACCGGGGGGGAUCCUAUCAACUUUUCGCUACCCCUUUCGUCUUGGGCCUACGUGUACAAGCUCAGGCAGAUGGAGUGGAUCGUCCAGCUUGGAUUCGAGCUGGAAGUCUACCAGACUGACGAGCUUGCUGGCAUGUACUGGUACUUGAACUACCUAGCUAAGACACGUGCGCAGCAUGGAGACCGCAUCAAAACGUUCACAAUGCGUAGCUUAAACGAAGCGCGCGACGGUCUCGCUGGCUCUGGUGACCAGCACUUACCCCAAUACACGGCCGCUAAAGACCGCGAGUAUAUGACGUCGGUGGCGUAUCUACGCGUAACCAUGCUCGAUGCAGCUUGCACGUGGGAGUUCGCAGAUGGUUUGUGCUGUUUGUAUACGGCCUUACUACGAUUGAAUCUUAUCGCCCCGCCGCAGCGCCCCUAUAGUUCUGACACUUUGCGCUACGACCUGCGUAUGAAGCCCUUCCGGAACAUUUCGCUGCCAGCACUGCCGACAUUCGACGAGUUUACACGUGCGACUCUACAGCCUGAAACCGCAACACACGACUUGUUGAAGUACGCCGAGAACGCAGUAGGCGGCGCACGAAAGGGGUACGAGGCCCUAAGCAGGAUGUCGGAGGCGCAAGCUUUCAGCGCUAACACCCAUGGUCGUUGGGUCGGUAACAUCAAGGACUGUCUCAGAGCUGCGAUUGCGGCGGGUGUUGCGGUGUCGACGCUUCAACGAGCGAUAGAGCGGGCCGGUGGUAAUGAAGGUCAAGGUCCAUUAAAUUUGGCAUUGAAAGUCGAAAUGCCAGAAACGGGCAAGGGUUAUCAUGAUUGGUGGAUUGUCCCAAAGCUGGUUCGUACGGCAUGAUACUUUUUAUUGGCUUUAGGAUAUGUCUAAUGGAGGCUACUUUCCUACGCACUAUGCUACGUCUUUAGCUGAAGAGUAGAUUCAGGGUUUCUGAGAAGUAAUCUUACGGGCUUUAGGAUAACAUGACACCUAGGCCGUACUGAAGACGAAAUUCUAUUCAAG